AUGGUCGAGUGUCCAAUUUGUACGAAACCUGUCAAGCCGGCAAAUAUUAACCAGCAUAUCGACUCAGGAUGUCAAACCUUCAUUGAGGGUCACUCUCAUGAACCUAGUCAACAGGAUGGCGUAUCGUCAGUGUCAUCGUUCUUCCAGAAACCCGCAGCAAGUCGAACAGCUGUCAAUGUAGUGCCGACAGUAGACGCGCCUAUCUCUGUCGACAUGUCGCGAUCGACAACCAGGAACGCAAUCGAUGGAAAUAAGAGACGUGUGGAAUCCAUCAUGCCAUCACGUGUUUCAGACGUCAAUCCUGUCGAUGUUGUUGGAGAAGGUCUUGCCUUUAAAAAACAGAAGACUAGCAACCCCUUUCAAAAGGAACUCCCUCUCGCCGCACGAAUGAGACCACAAACCCUCGACGAAAUCUGUGGCCAGGAGCUAGUUGGUCCAAAUGGUGUGCUUCGAGAACUAAUCAUACAAGGCCGGAUACCAUCAAUGAUAUUGUGGGGUGGCCCUGGAACCGGCAAAACAACGAUUGCAAGGGUGAUCGCUUCGACAGUCAAGAGCCGGUUCUUAGAAAUUAACAGCACAAAUUUUGGGGUUGGAGAGUGCAAAAAGCUCUUUUCCGAGGCCAGGAGCGAGCAGAAAUUGACCAGUCGAAAGACAAUCAUUUUUUGUGACGAGAUUCACCGCUUUUCAAAGUCACAGCAAGAAGUAUUCUUGGAGCCUGUUGAGUCAGGGCUGGUAACCUUGAUCGGCGCAACAACCGAGAACCCGUCUUUCAAGAUUCAGAGUACCUUACUGUCACGAUGCCGUACUUUCACCCUCCAAAAUCUGACCGUCAGCGAUAUCGAAACCAUAUUUGAGCGCGCCCUCGAACUCGAAUAUCCAAACCACUCUCGACCUCCCGUUCUUGACCCUGAAAUGAAAGCCUAUCUCUCUGCCUUUGCUGCAGGUGACGCACGUACUGCGCUGAAUAUUCUUGAACUCGCCAUGAGUCUUUCAACACGCACAGACAUUACAAAAGCAACCAUCAAGAAGUCGAUGACACAGACACUUGUUUAUGAUCGGGGUGGGGGCAGUCGCUAUGAUACCAUGUCCGCCUUUCACAAGUCCAUUCGAGGCAGUAAUCCAGAUGCCGCUCUCUACUAUCUGGCACGCAUGUUCGAGUUUGGAGAAGACCCUUUAUGGAUUACCCGUCAUCUCAUACUAAUCGCUUCUGAUGAUAUUGGAAUAGCUGAUAACACUUUGCUGCCGCUUGCCACUGCUGCUUAUUCUGCUGCAGAGAAGAUCGGUAUGCCAGAAUGUCGAAUAAGCCUCGCACAUGCCACGGUUGCUUUGGCUAAGGCGAAAAAGAGCACGAGCGUGUUUCUUGGCCUAGCCAGCGCUCUGACGGCUCUGAAAGAGCCCGGGAUCUCUGCUCUGGCCGUGCCAAUACAUCUUAGGAACGUGCCAGCAGAAUUGAUGGAGGAGUUGGAACAUAGGAAGAAUUUGAAGUCUAAUCCUGACUACAAACAAGGGACGGUCGAGCAGGAGUAUCUACCUGAUGUUCUUAAAGGGAGGAAAUUCUUUAGAGAAUGA